CCCAGGAAGUGACUGCCCUGAUAUCAGGUAGGGGAGCGGGGGUGCAGUAGAGUGUAAGCUCUGCUGGUCGGUCUGUUUUCCUGCAAUCUGAAGAAGAGGAUGUGAAGCCUGGAGAAAGGGCAAAGGUGAGAAGGACACAUUGUAACGACAUCCAGCGGUGAUACCCUGCAGAUUAUUACACCUCUGACCCCUCCAGAGAUCUGCAGAACAUCGCUCCAUCCUCUCUACCUCCUGACAGGAUGGCGUCUCCUGCUCGGCCUCUGACUGACCUGGACUUCGGCUCCGGGUGCCGCAUUGAGGAGCUGAAUAAACUGCUGGAGGAGCUGGAGCGGCGGGGGAGCCUCGCUCUGCAGGGGAAGGAGGUCGUCCAGAGCUGUGUGCAGGCCAAGGACCUCGUCUUCUCCCUCAUAGCGGAGGUCCAUCCCCUGCCGUCCCCCAGCACGUUCCUCCUCCUGGCGGGCGGCCUGUGCUCCGGAUCCCUGGACGUCUCUCCCACAGAUUUGGGGUCCCCCUCGCCCUUUGUCUGCCCCUCCGUUUCUUACACCCUCCUGGUGCCCGUUAUCCGCCUCCCAUCCGCCAGCCUCCUUGAACAAUCCAGGCCAUGCUGCUGUCUCCUGCCCUCCUCCACCUGGGCGCUGGCCCCCUCCGCCUCACAUAUCUCCCCCCAUGAGGUGGCCCUGUGGUUCAGUGGGGCCCUCCUGUCGGUGGUGUCCAGCCUCUGGGAGUCUCCUCUGCCCCUGUCCUUGGAGCGGGCCGAGCCCUGGGGUAACGGCCUCUCCGUCCUCCUGUCCACCCCCACUCUGUUCAUUCGCUUUGACCUUGUCCCUGUGGUCGAGGUCCAGGGUUGGCCCCCAGGGGCCCAGUACCUGGAUGACUGGGGAGUGGAGGAUGGACUACCUAAGGUCUUCCACCUCUUCCCCUGGGGUCCUGGUGGGCAGUGGAGGGUGGGCUUCCCUGGUGUGGAGCUGAACAUGAGGAGGCUCCUGCACCCUGCCCUCUCCCGGACCCUCAGAGGCUGUAACGCUGUCCUGGAGGACAUCCUGCAGGAGGAUGGGGCCCCGGGGCCCUAUGUGGUGUGGGUGACCAUCCUGCAGGCCUGUCAGAGGCUGCCGCGGGGCUACUUGAGUCAGGGCCACAAUGCAGCCUUGUGCUUUCUGGGGCUCCUGGAGGAGCUGUCCCGCUUGUUCCUCAGGGGGUCCUGUCCUAACCCCUUCCUGCCUGGAUGUGACCUCCUGGGAGGCACCCAGGGGCCCCGCCUGGCACGACGCAUCUCCGAGGUCAGGGCCCACCCAGCCAGAUACCUGCGGGCAGCGAUCAGAGAGGCCAAGGAGGUGGUGAAAGGGGGCGACAAGGGGGAGAAGGAGGAGGCCGAGGAGGAGAGAGGAUCGGGGUGCUACCCCAGCUAGUGCAUCGUCCUGUGUAGCAGAGCCGAAGUCACCUGUUACAUGGGACUGCAGGUGACAUCAGC